CUUCUUUACGUUUGCGAACACUCUAGACCAACAGCUGUUUUGAUUUGCAAGAAAACAAGCGCCUUACUCGACUUGAUAAGAGCAAAGUUCAUUUUAAUUGCAGAACUAAGGAUUAUUUAAUAAACUUAACAACCGUGACAAGCUAUUAAAAUUAUCAUCCUUAGGUUUUUUAUAAUCCUUUCGAGUCCAUAUUUGGUAAACGAAGAAAUGGCUCUAAUUCCGGCCGUUACCCGACUCACCUCCUCCGUUAUCCGGAUAUUGGGCUGCAAUCCCAGUCCCAUGACAUUGCAGGGCACCAACACCUAUCUACUGGGCAGUGGAAGAAGGAGAAUCCUAAUCGACACCGGUGACGAGGAUGUGCCUCAAUACAUUGAGCACCUGAAUGACGUUCUGCAGCAGGAAAAGGCCUCCAUCGACACCAUACUGCUGACCCACUGGCACCACGACCAUGUGGGUGGUGUCAAGAGUAUUCUGGGUACCAAAUUGGUCGACAAGGAUUGCCGUGUGUUUAAGUUCCGGCGCACGGAUGCCCAAGAUGUAUGCCCUGAGAUCCCGGCUCACAUCAAGCUGCAUCCGUUAGCCCACAACCAGGAGUUCGCCACGGAAGGAGCAAAUGUGCGAGUGGUGCACACUCCGGGUCACACCACCGACCAUGUGGUGUUGGCCAUGAACGAGGGAACGCUUUUCAGCGGCGAUUGCAUUCUGGGCGAAGGUACCGCCGUAUUCGAGGAUUUAUUCGAGUACAUGAAGAGCCUCGAAAAGAUAUUGGACAUCAAGCCAAAGCGCAUCUUUCCGGGUCACGGCAAUGUGAUUGAAGAACCCAUUAGCAAGAUUGAGUACUAUAUAAACCAUCGCAAUCAGCGCGAGCACCAAAUCCUGCAGUUCUUUGUCGAUAGACCCAGUGAACGGUUGCAGGCAAUGGACGUGGUUCGCGUUGUCUACAAGGAGACUCCGGAAAAUCUUUGGCCCGCCGCCGCCUACAAUGUAAACCACCAUCUUAGCAAACUAGGAAAGGAGGGAAAGCUGAAGGUCACGAAGGAGGAGGAUGAAGAGUUUUAUGCCUUCCAGCCAACGAGCGCGCUCUAAAGUGGAUUUUUGUUUGAAUUUAUCUUCAUGAUUAUUUGGAUUGUAAAUAACCAGUUUUUUGUUAAAUAUUAAUUACAAAAUAAUAUUACUUAAAAAAAUGCAUGGGUUUAUAUCCAUCUUUUAAAUAUAAAGUACUCAAAUUUUUGUAUAACAAAAAAUACAGUUUUAGAGAUAUUGAUAACUAGUGACCGUUUGUUAAAGUGCUUUUGCAAAAAUGUAUAACAGAACAUUUCAAGCUUUUUGUACAAUUUACGAAUUUAUUUUAUUUGAAGAAGUAAUUUGAACACUA